AUGGCCGAACGAGAGAUAAUUACCCACAAUUUUCAUCUUGGUUACCCAAAUGAAAUCAUUAGGCAGUUGUUGUUGAAUUACCAUGAAGUAAUGAUGAGUUUAAGGACUCUCAAACGUAGAUUGCGUGAUAUCGGCUUGAGAAGGAAUGGCAAUAUAAACGAGGAUUUGGAAGGGAGAAUUAGGCAAAUCAAUGAAAUCAUUGACAACAAAAUAUCGAAUGGUUCUGGUGCAUCUUUGGGUUACAGAUCAAUGUGGCACUUACUUCGAUUACGAUAUCAUAUUCACGUCCCUCGUCGAGUUGUGGCGCAGGUCAUUCAAGAAAUUGAUCCCGAAGGUGUGCAGCAAUUCAGCAAAGGCGACGAAGACGGCUGUCAAGGAGACGAUAUAUAA